AUGUCAAAUAGACAUCUUUUCAACUCAGCCGACGGCCUCGUCAACAAGGCCUUAAGAGGAAUCAUCACUUACAACCCGUCUCUCAGCUUGGACGAAACUAACCGAGUUGUUUACGAUACCACCUAUGACAAGUCUAAGGUGGUUCUUAUUAGUGGAGGUGGCUCCGGACACGAACCAGCAUGGACUGGCUAUGUAGGCAAGAACAUGCUCACAGCUUCUGUCCAAGGAGAUAUCUUUGCCAGUCCCAGCACGAAGCAAAUCGUUGCAGCAGUUGAUGCUGUUCCCAGUGACAAGGGCACCAUUCUGGUCAUCACAAACUACACUGGUGACUGCUUACAUUUUGGACUCGCCAACGAGAAGGCCAAUGCCAAAGGCCAUAACUGCCGGACCAUCAUUUGCGGUGAUGAUGUUUCCGUAGGCAAAAACGGAAGCAUGGUUGGCCGCAGAGGCUUGGCUGGUCAGAUUGGUGUUCUCAAGGUUAUGGGUGGUGCUGCUGGCGCUGGAGGUUCUCUUGAUGAAGUAUACGACCUUGGAGUGGCAUUCUCACAACAGAUUGUUUCUAUUGCCGCAACUCUAGAUCACUGCCACGUUCCAGGCCGCACUGAGCACGGCAUGCUACAAGAGAACGAAGUUGAACUCGGCACAGGCCCUCACAAUGAACCCGGCCACAAGAAGCUAUCUCCUGCGCCAUCAGCGUCUGAACUCGUUAGACAGAUCCUACAGAACUGCCUAGACGAAAAAGACCCUGAGCGCGGCUACGUGAACUUUGGCCCUGGAGAUGAAGUCAUGUUGCUCGUCAGCAAUUUUGGUGGCAUGUCACAUUUGGAGAUGGGCGCACUGGUGGACGAGAUCCUGGAACAGCUAGCAAAGAAUUGGAAGAUGGAACCCGUACGGAUAUGUGCCGGCUUUCUCGAAACAUCUCUCAACGCCCCUGCGUUUUCCGUAUCCGUCAUUAACGUAACUGCCGCGGCAAAGAAUUGCAGCUACUCUGCUGAACAAAUCAAGUCUUUCUUCGAUGUCAGGACGACUACGUUUUGGGAAUCUAUGGCCGGAUCCCAGGCUCAACGACGUACUCGACAGCAACAGCUUGUUCAGCCACCAAAGGAAGAGAUCAAGACAGUUGAUGAGAGGAGAGAUUUGGCGAUUAAUCCUGAUCUUCUUGAAAGUAUGCUUCGAAACGCUUGCGAAGCUCUUAUCAAGGCUGAGCCUGACCUCACCAAGUGGGAUACCGUUAUGGGUGAUGGAGACUGUGGAGAGACGCUCAAGACUGGUGCUACGUCUCUUCUAACAGCGCUUGACUCCGGGUUAGCCAAGGCUGGAUCAGUCGUCAAGGUUCUCCUAGAGCUCGAAGACAUCGUGGAAAGCAAGAUGGGCGGCACCUUGGGCGGCAUCCUGGGCAUCUUUUUCGUCUCCUUGCGCGCAGCCGUCGAGAAGAACAUCGGACUGGCCCAGAACCCAGUCGCUCUGUGGGGCACUGCUCUUGGAACUGCCCUCGAAAACCUCCGGCGAUACACUCCCGCCAAGGUUGGGGAUCGCACCGUCAUGGAUACUCUCAUCCCCUUUGCUGCAGUCAUGGGCGAGUCUGGCUUUGACAACGGCGUCAAGGCGGCCGAGGAUGGGGCAGACGCAACGAAGACGAUGAAGCCUAGGUUGGGCAGAGCAACUUAUGUUGGCGUGUCGAGCGAGAACAAGGAGCUGCCCCCCGAUCCGGGUGCUUGGGGAGCUAUGGUGGCCAUUCGCGGCUUGCAGGAAGGAUUAGUUGUAGCUAGUUAG